AAGUGCUUACACCAACGUUUUUCACUUUCCUAGACAAUUUGGUUUUCUCGGUCACCGUUUUUUUUUUGUAUUCGCAGUUUAUGCAUCUUUUUCUAUGUUAUGUGUUUGUUUGCAUACAAGGCUGAUUCUUAAUGCUUGGUGAUUUGAGGGUCUUGCUUUCUGAAUUAAGAAAUAGAAUUUUGCAUGUUAUUGUUUGAUUGAGAAGAAUGAUGUAACAUCAUUUCUGCUGCUGAAAGCUGCAAAUUUUGGUUGAAGUUGAAGGUUUCGAUUUUGAUUUGGUUUAAAUUUUUUGCUUGAAUAAAAUGGUUUGGGCGGGGUGGAUUAGUGGAUUUUGAAUUAAGACGAAGGUUCUUUUUCUGGGUUUCGAGGAAUUUUUCUGGAUUUAUUGGUAUGGUAUGAACAACUGUAUAUCCAGCUUCCAUGAACUCAGCAUCGGGAAGUGGGGCAACUCCACAAUAACAUCAACAGGAAAUAAUAAGGUUUAAGUUUUGGUUACGUGGCUUAGUGGCUUUCCUGGUUGCAAAGUAAACAUUGGGACAGCAAUGAGGAAUUGUGACUUACAUGGUAUCGUUGCAGUUGUUACUAUUGAUGUUAUUAUAAGCUUCCUUUCUCUUACUACUUGAGUUUUUCUAUGUUCAUGGUGUGUAAGUCUUUCUCCUGGUCACUAAAUUAGUACAUGACCAUAUUUUUUCUUGAUUUGAGAUAUCUAACGUGUCCCCUCAUGCCUAACAUGUUCCCGAAAACCAAAAUCUGAACAUCUCAAACAAGAAAAUGGAGGAAUGUCCGAUAAUGGGAACACCAUUUUAUAAAAUGAACUUACAUUAAUCUUACAAAUCAGCCUAUAAGGUGAGAUCUUGUCUAGUUAUAUAUUAUGAUUUGGUUAUAUCUCUAGCUGAAGUGGGUUGGAUACAUAGACUAAGGAGAUAGUCAAGUUAUAAGAUGUAGAUGGUUACAAACUUCAUUUCACAAAUAUUUUGUCAAAUUGAAUUAGAUUUGAAGCUCAUCUUCCAAAAAUAGAGAAGAGUAGCGAUGAAUUCAAUAACAAAAUACCAGAAUUGUAGCUUUACAUCUGCUAAUUAGCGUUAUAUUUUCCGUGCGUACAAGUUCAUUUAAUUCUUGUAUGUAUGUGUGAUUUCGCUUCUCCACUUGUUUGGGGCAAAAAUAAGUUUUAUUGUCUUGUUUAUGCGAAUAUUGACAGAUUGCUGCUCUGUUUUACAAGGUUUAUCUGUUAUUAUUGUAAGUGUUGGUAUACUAGUCGGGAGCAGAAGUUUGCCAAGGAAACUGCUUUUAGCUGAUUGAUUUGUCAUAGUAUGGACUUGAAUGAGUUUUCAAGUGUCGGUGUGACUAGUUCGGCAGGAACUCCUUGCACAUCAUCUCAUAUUCCUAUUUCAGCAAUACCCAACAGGUUGCUUGGAUCCUUGAAACACGACAUAGAACACUCUCCUAAUUCGGCCCUUUCUACCCAUUUUGAUUCUGAUACCCUUUCUUCUGCGCUAAGUGACGGCCAGGAACAGCACACCGCUGGGGAAAUUCACUCUGGUGUAAACCCUUUGCAGGAAACCAAUCAUUAUUUGUAUAGGCCAGUCUCAUCUGUGGACCAUCUCCAAGACGGUAAGCAUCUAUCUACUAGAUGCUUUUUUCCACAGGAUAUAGGUUAUGAUCAUGAAACCAGGUAUGCAUUGCUGGAAUUAGAAACUGCUUUGAUGGCACCUGAUGGUGAUGAUCAAGUCACCACAUCAAGCACUUCUUUGGGUGUUAACAGAAGGCCUACAACAUCUGCCCAGAGAAAUAGAUCCUGGAGCCAUGAGGGGCAGCCAAGUGAUGUUGCACGAGUAGGUAAGCGUCACAAAUCAACUGAGGAAGUAUCACUACAAGGAUUCCCAUCAACCAAUUUGAAAGAAUUGCUGAUUGUAUCAGCCAAAGCCUUGUCUGAAAACAACAUGAAAGAUUUUGAUCGACUGAUAGAGAAGGCUAGAAGUGUUGUGUCUAUAACUGGGGAGCCAAUCCAGCGCCUUGGUGCUUAUUUGGUGGAAGGACUUGUUGCAAGGAAGGGGGCAUCAGGGAAUAACAUCUACCGUGCACUUAGAUGCAGAGAACCUGAAGGAAAAGACUUGCUCUCUUACAUUCAGCUACUGUAUGAAAUAUGUCCCUACUUAAAAUUUGGUUACAUGGCUGCCAAUGGCGCCAUUGCUGAAGCUUGUAGAGAUGAGGACCACAUUCAUAUCAUAGACUUUCAGAUUGGUCAGGGAAUUCAAUGGAUGACACUUCUUCAAGCUCUUGCUGCAAGACCUGGUGGAGCUCCUCAUGUACGGAUCACAGGGAUUGAUGACCCCCUUUCUAAAUAUGUUCGUGGUGAUGGAUUAGAAGCCGUUGGAAAAAGGUUGGCUGAAAUAUCUCAGACAUUUAACAUCCCAGUAGAGUUCCACAGUGUGCCUGUUUUAGCUCCAUAUGUGACAAAAGACAUGCUUGACAUUAGGCCUGGUGAAGCUUUGGCUGUGAAUUUCCCUUUGCAACUCCAUCACACGGCUGAUGAGAGUGUGGAUAUGAAUAAUCCAAGGGAUGGACUUUUGAGAUUGGUUUAUAGAAACCUUGGAUUACUACUUGGCAAUUUUUGAGUCCAUUGAUGUGUCUCUUGCAAGAAAGAGCAAGGAUCGGAUUAAUGUGGAACAACAUUGUCUGGCACGGGAUAUUGUCAAUAUUGUUGCUUGUGAAGGGAAGGAAAGGGUAGAGAGACAUGAACUAUUAGGUAAGUGGAAGUCUAGGUUCACAAUGGCUGGAUUUUCUCAAUAUCCUUUGAGUUCAUACGUUAAUUCUGUCAUAAGGAGCCUGCUUAGGUGCUAUUCAGAACAUUAUAAUCUUGUGGAGAAGGAUGGGGCCAUGUUGUUGGGAUGGAAGGACAGAAAUUUGAUUUCAGCUUCAGCAUGGCAUUGAUUACAUGCAGAGAGGGAAUAUUGUACUUGGGGUAGAAAUAUGUUGCUGACAGAUGUUUAAGUUGAUUUCCAGGGCCAUGUGUCCCUUAUCAUUGUUUUAAAGGUCAUUGUUCCAUAAAUUACUAUAUGGAGUUUCAUAUCUUAGUGAUGCUAUAACAAUUCUUUUAUGGAAUA